AUGCUGCGUGCCAUGAGUAAGGGCAGGCCUCGCACUUGCGUGCGGCUGUGCCAGCAGCAGCCAUGGCAGGCACUUGGGCGGCGUUUGUUCUCUGCUGACGGCAAGGGAUUCCCAAAUGCACUGCGAUUCGACUUGAGUGCUGCCGAGAUCGCGAAGACUUCACACGAGGUGAUGGAAUCCUACAAGAAGGGUUAUGGGCGUAUGGUGAGCGUGCCCUCUCGUGAACGCAACUUCCAGAACACUCUCCAGGGAAUCGCCGACCUGGACGCGUACUGCUCGGCGGUGUCGGAGAGCUGCGUGUUUCCCUCCUAUGUGUCGGUUCGGGACGCCGCCGGCGCGGCGAACAAGGCCCUCAGCGAGUUGGCCAUCGAGACCGCCAUGCGGGAGGACAUCUUUAAAGCGUUCACGGAGUACUACAACCAUACGAUGCCGCAGGAGACACUCACUCCCGUGCAGCGACGGCUGAUCGAGAAGACGAUGCAUGACUUCAAGAAGAACGGACUCAUGCUCUCACCCGAAAAGCGCGAGCAGCUCAAGGCCAUGCGCAAGAAGAUGUCCGACAACGCCAUCACCUUUCAGAAGAACCUCAACGAAGACACCACUGCCUUCUACUUCUCCCGGGAGGAGCUCGACGGCCUGCCCCAGGACUUCCUCGACGGCCUGGAGAAGGUCGAUGGUCAGGAGGGAGGCGCGACGAAGUACAAGGUGUCGCUACGGUACCCGGAGCUGCUGCCGGUGAUGCGGUAUGCCAACAAUGCAGAGACCCGCCGGAAGCUGGAUACCGCCAACGCCGCCAGAUCCAUGCGCGAGAACACGCCCCUUCUUGAAGAGACUCUUGCCCUGCGACACGAGGCGGCACUCUUGCUGGGCUACGAGGAUCACGCCAGCUAUGUGCUCGAAGAUCGUAUGGCCAAGAAUCCCGCGCAUGUGCUCGACUUCAUCAACGAGCUCUCAGUCAAGGUGGAGCCGCUGGCACGCCGGGAGUGGGAAAAGAUGAUCGCCCUUAAGAAAGCCACCGUGGGCGGCAGUGACAACGUUACCAUCGACUCCCACGACUUUACCUUCUACAACCAGAGGAUCCUCGAACGGGACUACCAGGUCGACGAAAACCUCAUCAAGGACUACUUCCCGUUCGAAACCGUGACCGAGGGCAUGCUGGGCGUGUACCAGGACAUUCUAGGUCUGCGUUUCGAGGAGCUCAACGAUGCGCACACGUGGCAUCGUGACGUGCGCAUGUACGCCGUAUACGACCGCUCAACCAAUGCUUUCAUGGGCCAGUUUUACCUCGAUUUGUGGCCGCGAGAGGGCAAGUACCCGCAUGCGGCCGUGUUCCCGUUGGUGCCCUCGCACCACUUUCCCUCCGGCUCGUCGUCCGACAUCCCGGCCUCGUUCCUCGCCCACCUCCAUCCUGUCACCGGUAAUGCGUGUUCUCCCUUCGCCCGAGUCAUCAUGGUGCCCAGAAAGCUGACAAGGCGGUGA